AUGGGCGCGCGGGCGCUCCUGAGGGCCGCUCGCCUUCUCCGCUUGCAGCCGGCCGCGGCGGCGAGGGGCGCCCGCUGUGGGCCCUGGUUCCGCCGCUGCCGCCUCUUCCUUUCGGCGCUCCGGGCUGCGGGGUCUCGUUCCGUGUCGGGGCCCGGAGCCCUCAGCCCUUUCGACCGGCAGCUGAAGAGGAAGCAGAAGAAUUGGGCGGCUGCGCAACCGGAGCCGGAGCGCUGCGAAUACCUGCGGGAAGAGGUUGGAAGUAAGAUAGCUGACCGUGUGUUUGACAUAGCCUGGACUUUCCCCCUUGCCUUGGACCUUGGCUGUGGACGAAGCUACAUAGCUCAGCACUUAAACAAGGAUGUGGUUGAAAGGCUUUUUCAAGCAGAUGUUGCUGAAAACGCUUUGAAAAACACAAUAGAAUCGGAAAUACCCAGAGUCAGUAUUGUUGCUGAUGAAGAAUUCCUUCCUUUCGGAGAAAACACAUUUGAUCUUAUUGUCAGCGGAUUGAGCUUGCAUUGGGUAAAUGAUCUUCCCAAAGCAUUGCAUGAGAUACAUCGAGUCCUUAAACCCGAUGGAGUAUUUAUUGGUUCCAUGUUUGGGGGAGAUACGCUCUAUGAGCUUCGCUGUUCUUUGCAGCUGGCAGAACUGGAAAGAGAAGGUGGAUUUUCUCCACAUGUAUCGCCUUUUACCGCUGUCAAUGAUUUAGGACAUCUACUGGGAAGAGCUGGCUUCAACACACUAACUGUGGAUACUGAUGAAAUCCAAGUUAACUAUCCUGGGAUGUUUGAAAUUAUGGAUGAUCUGCAAGGUAUGGGAGAAAGCAACUGCUCUUGGAGUAGGAAACCUAUACUACACAGGGCAACGAUGUUGGCAGCGGCAGCAGUGUACAGGGAAAUGUAUGGAAACAAUGAUGGGACAGUACCUGCAACGUUUCAAAUCUAUUACAUGAUAGGUUGGAAAUUUCAUGAAUCACAGGCAAGACCAGCACAGCGAGGUUCUGCCACAGCAUCAUUUGGAGAUUUGAGAAAAAUAAAUGAAUUCAUUCCAGGGAGGAAAAAAACUUGACAUAUGGUACAACAAUGGCAGAUGUAUUGGACUUAACACUGUGGAUAUUCAUAAGUUGAUCCCUUAAUGUUGAAAUGCACUUGGCACUAUAUUCCCCAGCAUACUUACCUCAGUGCCUGGAGCGGGGGGGAAUCAAAAUAUUUAUGUUUUUCAUUUCAUUGGUGUGGCUUAUAUAUAAAAAAGGUAAUAGUAUAGAGUUGUGAUUAUUUUUUAAUACUUAAAACCAAAUAAAAUGGUGGUAUUGUGUAUUUUUGUAUAGAGUUUACCUUUUCAAAUAUGAUAAUAUAACGAGAGAGGUCCAUAUAUCUAAUAAUAAAAAAUAUGGAUUGCAAGGAAGGAAUUUAUCGCUGUGUGGAAAGAAUAUUGCUCAUCGUGUUCCUGUGUUUUCCAGUAAAAUAAUGCAUUGGCCAGCAGAUUGUUUGAAAGGAAGGGACUUCAGUGCCAGUAAGCAAUGCUUUAGAAUAACAUACCCUAAUUAAAAUCAUUGCAGCAAGUUUUCCGACAAAAAUUGGUGGAUUUCUGGGAUAAAACUUGGGCAACUGUUUAUAAGCAUAAUGGUGGUCAUUAAACUUCAUAGCUAUGCAAA